CCACGACCAUCCAAAAUGGCGCCGACAAAGCUGAUAAUGGUGGCGUCGAAGAAGUCCAUCCAAGAUUCGUUCCACGGGGCGUCCACGAGGCGUGCCUACACAACGUAUCAGAAGCAGUUCGAAGCUUUCCUUCGAAUGCACAAGGAGGGCAUUGACCCCCGAGAGGCAGGCACGGAGGAAUACACUGACUUCUUCCACCACAUGUACACCCAGGGACGAAAAGCUCGUACCAUUGACUUGGCCAAGUCAGCUCUGGUCGCAUACUUUGCUGCAGCUGGAGUGGCAUCGAACCCAGCCCAGGACUUAACCACUCGACGCUACAUUGUUGGGCUGCAGAAGUACAACAAACAGAAUAACGUCGAUGAAGAAGAGAAGGCACAUCCACUUACCGUGUACGAGCUGUCGACGCUGAUGAACUCCCUGGCGCACCUUCAUCCGUUCCUUGGGGCUAUGCUACGGCUCCUGUUGGCAGUUGGCUUCAUCGGCUGCUUCUGAAUCAGUGAGGUGCUGGCUCUACGGUGGAAUGAUGUCGAAAUCGUUGGGGACGAGAAAGGACGAUACCUUUCCGUGCGACUCCGCUGGCACAAGAAGGCAAAUGUCGAAGAGGAUAGCCAAGUAUAUCAUCUCGUGGAUGAAUCGACGUUUCCAUGCUUGCACGUUUGUGGCUUCUACGACUAAUACCUGUCCAAGGUGAGAGGCGCCGGUGUCAACAUCAACAGUAGUACCUUCGUGUUUCCGACCUUCGUCACUCAGCAGUCCGGUGUCCCAAAAGUUGAAUGGAGCCGCAGCCUCGAGCAAGUCAACUUACGUCGAAUCCUUGUCGACGUAGUUGAGAUAAC